GGUACAUGUCACGCACUGGCACUUUUACUUUAUAUAUAUAUAUAUAUAUAUUAUCAUCUAAUCGCUGCGCCUGCGCACUACGGUCAAAAUAUACUCCUUGGACAUCGUCUGUCCUUUCAUUCUGGGACAAGCUUCUCUUAUAGGCAGCAUAGGGCGAUUAGCAAUAUAGUAGUAUUAUAUAUGUGUGCACGAGAAGGUGCGCGAUAGUGAAAAAGUGGUUGGCGCUUACGUGACCGAGCAACAUGGCAGCCGUCAUAGCCGUCACGACCGUUUGCGUGUAACACGGCUAGACACGGUGGUGUGAGUGCUUUCGCGAUCGGGAAACGCGAACUAUGGAUUCCGGGGAUUGCUGAAGACAACGGACAACGGACGUGUGACGGAUAAUGAAGCGGUCGCGCGUUGUGCGUUUCACCUCACUGUGAUCUUCGUCGGCGUGAGGAUUAACGGGUGCGUGUUCAGGUCUGCGUGCAUUACGUUUAAAUUAUACGUCGCAAGGGUUGACAGGUGGUGGUAGGUAGUGGUGAUGGUGCAUGCGUGUCAUCGCUGUCGUUUCGCGUACUGAUAUUGAAACGGUAGCAUUCGCACCAUGUUCACCACCCUGAAGAACAAAAUACGCGAGGAGAUCGGUAGCGACGUGUCCACCGUCGUCAGAAACGCCGGCAGCAUACGUGCCAUUAAUUCCAAACAUGUGUCUCAGACAGGCUCUACAAGUAGUAUUAGUGGUUCCCAAGUAUCACUGGAUGGAUUGAGGGAAGAAAAUGCUGCAUCUCCCUCACCACCAGUUUCAUUAAGAAGAGAGAAUAGUUUUGAACUUAAGCUCAAUGAUGGAAUGCAAUUGUCUGCAAAAGAUAUUAAGAGAUUUGAGAGCAGAGAGGAUGAAUGGAGAAAACGUUUGGCAAAAAAGGAGGCUGAGAUGUUAAAGCGGGUGGAGAAAAAGGAAGAAGAAUGGAAAGUCAGGUUUUUUGAAAAAGAGAAGGAAUGGAAGAAAAUUGUGGAGAGACAGGAGAAGGAAAAACGGAAAUUAGAGGAAGAGAUAAGAAAGAUAGAAAUUACAAAGCAGUCCUUAGAGCAUGCUCUCAAAGAUGCAGAAGAGUAUAAAAAGAAGUUGUACAGUUUUCAAGAGGAUGCCGAACAGCUGGAAGGUUUUCAAACACAGGAGAUGGCUAAAAUUAAACAUCUUUUACUGUCAAAAGAGCAGGAAGCAGAGGAAAAAUCGCAUCAUUUGAAAGCUGCUACAUCAGAAAUAGAGAGCUUGAAGACCGAGGUUUCCCGUCUCCGACGAUACGAGGAUGAGUUGAACAAUGUGCAAGACGAGAUGGAAACAAUGCGUCACUCCACUCAGCGAGAAAGGGCACAGCUCUCCUGCCAACUGGCGCAGACGGAGGAGGAGGUUCGCCACUUGAAGGACAAGGUGUUCGUGUUGGAACAAAGAAUCGCCCUGGAAACGAACGAUCAGGUGACGGUCGACGAAAGGAUAGCCGAUCUAAUGCGCGAGCGAACGUUGCUGGAGAGAAAAUUGGAGGAGGCGCACCUACACUUGUCCGACAUAAAGACUAGCUGGUCUGGCAAGAUCUCCAGUUUGGAGACGCAGGUCGGCAGGCUGAGCAGGCAAGCUGGCGAAGAGGGACUGGAGCGCAGGCGAGUCGAGCAGGAGAAGGAGAAGCUGAAACAGAGAAUCAAGCAACUAGAGGCCGAGAUUGAGGUGAACAAUGUUGUCAUAGCGACGAAAGACGCCAAGCUUUUGCGCAUGACAGAGGACAUCGACGAGAUGGCCACGGAACUGAAAGAGCUCCGUGCCAGCGUCGAUGACGAGGUGGAAGAGUUUAAGCGGCAAAUUGAAUUCUCUUCAAAGCAGAUCAAUCAGCUGAAAACAAACCUCGAGGACACCACGAGUGAACUCACUACAGCCACCAACGAGUUAUCGAGUCUUCGAUCGACUUUGGAAGAGGAGCGGUCGAACAAUUCCUCUUUGCGUGUAGAAUUGGCCCGUCUACGGCAGGUCCUCGAAUCGGAAAGAGCGAUGACGACGGAACUGCGCGUUUUUCUCGAGAAGGAGAGAGGCGAGAAGGAUGCCGCGUUGCUGAGGAAUGCUCAGGUAUCACAGGACAUGGAAAUCGUGAAGCAGGAGAAUCGACAGCAGGAGAUCGAGAACACGGAACUGCAGAGUAGAGUCGAGCAUCUGGAAGAGGAUCUGGUCGGUAAGACAAAGGAGACAGAGCAAGCGGCAAUUGCGUUGAAGGAGCUUGAGCGACGACUAGUGGAGCUGGAAGAGGUAGAACGUAGCAGGGAGAAGCUGGAAAGUAACGAAAGGAUAUUGAAGAGCAGCUUAUUAGACUUGGAAGAACAAUUGAGCGAAAAGAAUAAAACAAUCAAAGUUUUGCAGCAACGGUUGACCGACAUGAAAAAGACACUCCAACGUGAGCUGAGAAUUCCGACCUCGUCAUUGGACAGCGACGUCGAGGCUUCCGCGGCGAUUCUCAAUCCGAGUUCAUCUAAAACCGUCACUGCCAGACAUAACAAUUCUAGAGAGGAUGACGUUAAUUUUAAAUAUCUCAAGCAUGUUCUCAUCAAGUUCCUCACCAGCAGAGAGUACGAGGCUCUCCAUUUGACGAGGGCGGUGGCGACGUUGUUGCACUUCUCGCCGGAGGAAGAGCGUCUACUGCAGGAAACACUAGAGUGGAAAAUGUCAUGGUUUGGCACGAGGCCUAACUUAGGAUUUGGACAAACCGCCAAGGCAAUACCGCCCAGCUGAUAAUUGCAAAAUGCUCUGUACUCGGCGGCAAGCGUCAGAGCGAGCAUGAACUUUUGUCUGAGGUUCAUUUGGUUCAUGUACAGCAGAGGCAGCCACGACUGAUUCCAAAGGGCAUAAGAAAAAAAAAGAAAAUAAGAAACACUAUUAGAAGAAUUAUAUAAUGUUAUAAAUGGACUUUUUGAACUUUAACGCGCGUUUUAGCAUUCGCGCUAGCACGAUCUAACAAAUUACAACAUGCUCAAAGCUACUUAAUCGCGGCGAAAGGUAGCUUUGUGAGACAUCGUGCGACACAUCUUUUUCAAGCGUAUCAGACCAUACGACGAAAUUACCGAUUUGUUGUAUCACGUAUGUACGUAACUGCGUAGAUGUUGAAGCACAAUUUCGAAGCGCUUAAACAAAGCACUUGCGCGUGAUGGUAUUGUGAUACCCGACGUUUUUUUUGUGGCACGCUUAGACCGUGUGGUAUACGUUUUAAUACGCAAACGUCGUAAUUUGUAACGCGCUGUGUCUUUGUCGAAUGAAAUGUUUCACGUGCAAUAUCGAGCACAACACAACGAUGAUAUAAGCUUGGUCGUUGGUUACCCGCGUUACCUUUACAAUCGACGGGCAGACCUUUGUGCGAUAGACAAAUUUAAUACACAGCCAUAUGUUUGUAUCAAUAAAAGCAUUCCUGGCGAUUAACAGAUUCAGCUGUUUUUUUCGUGUGUUCUCACGCAUGAAUAUUUUUUGUUAUUUAUAUUUAAUUUCGACGAGUUAUGUUUUUGUACGAGACAAGAUCAAAGUACUUGCAAGUAGUAAUUUAAUUUCUGUAAUUUAAUAGAAAUAUUUAAGUCUAUAAUUUUAAGAUGCGCAUUCCACAUCAUGUAGUAAUAAUAAUAAUUCAUUAUGGAAAGCGAUUAAAUAGAUAUAAAGAAUAGGAAAUUAUCAGGACGAUGUUCCAGUCAGUUUUAACUGUCGACUAACUCUUUUCAGUUUACCCGCUAAACUUGUAUUUAAGCAUUAAAUAGCCAAUCUUAUCAUUCAAGAAACAUAAAAAUUGUCAUAAAAUAUAUCGAUGCAAACAGAUGCGAAAAAUUCAGCACAAUUGCAUACGCGCAUACACACAAAUAUAAAUAAAUGAGAUAUAAACAAAUAUAAACAAAUAUAAAUAAAAGAAUACUUCCUUCUAAUUAUUUUUUUCGAGUUUUCAAGAGCGCUUUUAUAUAGCUUUUGCAUUAAACUUUCUUUUGAAUAAA